AUGGCAGGUCAAAAGCUCUCGAAGAAUAUCGACGCUUAUGAGGCAGAUCCUACAUCAUACUACCUUGGCUAUCGCGACGCAGACCAUAAGAAGCCAUUCGCAAAAUACUUCGAUUUCCAAGUCGGUCCAAUCAGCAAUGAAGUAGAGAAAGGCAUAGUCAGUAGUCCGUGGGCUACUGGCCUUGGCUACGAGGCCAACGAGGCACAUGACUACCUCCUGCGACCGGGUUAUUUGCCCGUCGAGAAUGGCUAUUUGAAGACUCCAAGGGGGGCCUGGAUGGUUGCAUGCCGCACGGAUAUGGGUGAAGUGACUGGAGAAGCCUAUGACUGGUGGUUUGCAUGGCACGCUGUUGAAUCUGCAAGGUAUAAACUUUGGUAUCCGACUGCCCACCAGUACUCUUGGCGCCACCCAGAAGUCGUGGAUGUUACAAACAAAUCCUUCACGGAGCGAUACUUCAACACGUUUUCUUUCAUCGAUGAAUACAUCGGUGGUGACCACGCUAAAGUCACUGUCGCUUUCAUUGAUCCCGCUGAACUAGGAAUCGACAAGUCCAAAUGGCCAGCUCUAGGCAUUGAGACUAUGAUUGUCGCUCGGGUGGGCAUUGGUGCGCAUAUUACGGAGGGUUUUGAUGGAGUUUCCCAUCUUGUUCAUCAGAUUCGCCGUAAAGCAGAUGGCACUCGGGAGAUGAGAUCCAGGUUUUGGCUUGGACCAGGCAUCCCUGAAACUAUUGCCCAUGACAUUUGUGUGCAUUGUGGCACUGAAAUGCCCCACUUGGCCAAAUUCUUGCCACAACUCUUCAAUGAAUUCAAGGACGACAUCUAG